GCGCUUUGGAUCGUCAGUCUGUUUAGUCGAACCGCAGCAUUCGCUCCUACGACGUCAGCUGCUCGGACUUUAGUUGAGAUUUCAAUUUGUUUCUUUUUCCCUAAGUUUUUUCAACCCUAAACCGUAACCAUGUCCGACGAUGAAGAGUACACCAGCUCCGAGGAGGAGGAGGUUGUCGAGGAGACCAGAGAGGAGACGUAAAAAACCACCUCAGACACCAGCCGAAGGUGAGGGCGAUCCAGAGUUCAUCAAGCGUCAGGACCAGAAGCGAUCCGAUCUCGAUGAACAGCUGAAAGAAUACAUCAGCGAAUGGCGCAAACAGAGAUCCAAGGAGGAGGAUGAGCUGAAGAAGCUGAAGGAGAAGCAGGCCAAGCGCAAGAUCUCCCGCGCCGAGGAGGAGCAGAAGAUGGCUCAGCGCAAGAAGGAGGAGGAGGAGCGCCGCGUCCGCGAGGCUGAGGAGAAGAAGCAGCGCGAGAUCGAGGAGAAGCGCUUGCGCCUCGAGGACGCCGAGAAGAAGCGCCAGGCUAUGUUGCAGGCCAUGAAGGACAAGGACAAGAAGGGCCCCAACUUCACCAUUGCAAAGAAGGAUGCAGGCGUGUUGGGACUCUCGUCCGCCGCCAUGGAACGUAACAAGACUAAGGAACAGUUGGAGGAGGAGAAGAAGAUCUCGCUGUCGUUCCGCAUCAAGCCACUGGCCAUCGAGGGCUUGGGCGAGUCCAAGCUGCGCGAGAAGGCACAGGAGCUGUGGGAGCUCAUCGUCAAAUUGGAAACUGAGAAGUAUGACUUGGAAGAAAGGCAGAAACGUCAGGACUACGAUUUGAAAGAGUUGAAGGAAAGACAGAAGCAACAGCUCAGGCACAAAGCCUUGAAGAAGGGUCUCGACCCAGAAGCUUUGACUGGCAAAUACCCGCCCAAGAUUCAAGUCGCCUCCAAAUAUGAGCGACGUGUCGAUACACGCUCAUACGACGACAAGAAGAAGCUCUUCGAGGGUGGCUUUGAUGCGAUCACCAAGGACUCGAACGAGAAGAUCUGGAACGAGAAGAAGGACCAAUACACCGGCCGUCAAAAAUCCAAACUGCCAAAGUGGUUCGGCGAGCGACCAGGCAAGAAGGCCGGUGAGCCCGAGACACCCGAGGGCGAGGAAGAUGCCAAGGCCGAUGAGGACAUCGUUGAGGAUGAUGAGGAAGUCGAGGAGGAGGUCGUCGAAGAGGAGGAUGAGGAGGCUGAGGAGGAUGAGGAGGAAGAGGAGGAGGAAGAGGAGGAGGAAGAGGAAGAGGAGGAGGAAGAGGAGGAGGAGGAGGAGGAAGAGGAGGAGGAAGAGGAAUAAGCCAACUCUGAACUCAUUCGUUCCCCACCACCACCCCCCGUCUUUUUCGUAAAACAAACUCUACAUUUAAAUACCAAGCAAAAAUACCAAAGCCAAACAAUUUUAAUAAAAGUAAAAGAAUGAACUAAAUAGUUAUUAUCUUAGCUUAUUCGAAAACAUACUUAUUAUUCUUGCAAAACAAACAAACAUCAACUUGAGCAACUUUUUUUAUUGAACUUAUCAAAUUGAAACAAGAAAUGUAAAAAUUUCUUUCAAAUAAAACAUCAAAACCAACACCAACUAAGUCAAAAUACCAGAGAACAAAAACCAUCAUCAACUGCAACAAACAAACAAAAAACCAAAAGAAAGAAAGCAAUCAAGAUAUUAAAGUGUGUUAUGGCAUCAUAUCUAUGAACAA